UUUAACAACAGGUUGUUUAUUUUCGUCAGGAUGGUUCGGAACUACGUCCGGAAAACCUGCCGGCAGGAGUGGACCGUUGCUCAGCUGGACUCGGCCAUUCGAGCGGUCCGUAACGGUUGCAGCAAAACCGAAGCUGCACGUUCCUUCGGUGUGCCAAAGAAAACUCUGUUGCGGUAUCUGCGUCAAGUGGAAGGCCCCGUAAUCCGUCGAGAGCUAGGCAGUUUCAAGACCGUGUUCAACCCGGCACAGGAGCAGCAGCUGGUUAACUACAUUUUGGACAUGUGCCGUACGUUUUACGGGCUCACUCCGAAGGAUGUGCGAAGCUUGGCGUACCAAAUGGCAGAGGCCAACAACAUCCCGCAUCCGUUCAACCACGAAGAGAAACAUGCCGGGACGGAUUGGUUCUACUGCUUUCGGAAGCGAUUUCCGAAUUUGGUCCUACGUGUAGCAGAACCGACCUCAAUGGCAAGAGCUAAGGGGUUCAACCGGAAGAGUGUUGGAGACUACUUCCAACUGGUAUCUAACAUCUUCGCGGAGCAUUUUUAUCCCCCGGACAAGUUCUACAACAUGGACGAGUUCGGCGUUUCUACGGUUCCGACGAAAGCGAACAGAGUCGUCGCAGAACGCGGACAGGACCAAGUCGGAGGAAUGGUUUCCGCGGAAAAGGGAGUAACAACCACCGUUGUGUUCGCUAUGUCCGCCGCGGGCGAUUUUGUGCCACCAAUGUUCAUUUUCCCAAGGCAGCGCAUGAAUGACGCGCUGAAGGUUGGUGCCCCCUACGGGUCGACAUUCGCGUGCAAUCCCUCUGGAUGGAGCACUAUCGACACGUGCACAAAAUGGUUCGACCAUUUUUUAAUGCACACACGCCCAACUAAGGAAGAACCGGUGCUUUUGCUUUUCGAUGGGCAUAAAUCGCACACGAAGAACCUGCAGCUGUUGGAGAAGGCCCGGAGGAACCAUGUCCGCAUCGUCUCGAUCCCGCCUCACACUUCACACAAACUACAGCCUUGUGAUUUGACCCUGAUGGCGUCGGUGCGAUCGCACUACAACAGUGCUUCCCAUUCAUUGCUGCGACAUGCGCCACCUGGUCGUCUGGUUACGCCGUACGACAUAUGCUCGCUCAUGGGGCAGGCUUUUUCGCUUUCGGCGUCCCGGUCAACGGCAGAGAAUGGGUUUAGAAGAGCGGCUCUGGUUCCGUUUAACCCGGCGAUCUUCACUGACGAAGAUUUUGCGUCCGCCGAUUAUCUUUCUCAGAUGAAUGUCGGUCAGGUUCCAAUCGGAAAUGAUGGUUCUGAAGUCAGGGAUGAAGAGGAACUCGGAGUCCAGCCCGAGCAGGAAGAACUGGUCGACGUUGAACAAGUUCAAAACGAUCAAGAACCCGGAGGUGUUGACCACCUGGCACCGGUAGAGCUUCACACCGUUGAGGACACCAAGGAUCAGAGCCAGAUCAUCAUAGAAGAGGACGUCUACUUUCUCAUCCAGGACAAUGGUGAGAUAAAGCUGCAGUCGAUCAAUACCGCGGAUGAACGAGAAUAUGUUGCCGCUCCUGUCUCUCCGGGACCUGACGCUCCUGUGGACAACGUCGAUGCCCCACCGAUCGAGAAGCAGCUUCGCGAGAGCGACAAGAAUGGUGCCGCUGAACUUCUGGGACAAGGUGCUGCAGAUGCCGGCAGUCCGGCACUUGAACCUAACGCUGUUACUGACCAGAAAGCUACAUUGAAAAAGAAGAAGCCGAAGCAAACCAAGAAGCACCCCGCAAGCAGAAGCCUUCAAAGAAGGAAGUGGCUUCUGAUUUGACGUCGACAUCAAAAAUAUACAGAAGACAAACCGGAAGCGUCGGACCGGGCCGAAGAAGCCCAAAGUCGAGGAAGCGUUAAGUGACGUCUUGUGUGCUGAAUGUGGUGAGCAAUUUUCGCUGUCCAACAAUGGAGACGGAUGGAAGAAAUGUGCCAAAUGCGACGGUUGGUACCAUCACAAGUGCACCGACAGUAUCACCGGAAGCUGCGGAUUUUGUUGAUUCGCCAGUGCAGCCAGGAGUUGCAGAUUUCUUUAGUUCACCAGUGCAGCAAGAAGCUGAAGAUUUUUUUGUUUUUUUUUUGUUACUGAUAUCAUUUAAAUAACACUUCGUAAUCAUAUCACAUAAUGAAUUGAAUAAAAAACAAUUUGCG